AUGGCCGCCGACGGCGGCGGCGGGCGGGAGCUGCUCGCCCUCAUCCACCAGCACCUGCUCCGCGGCGGCUUCGCGCGGGCCGCCCGGGAGCUGCAGGCACAGAGUGGGCAGAAAUUGCUCCCUUCCCUCUCGACCUCUCUCGAGGACAUCUUUACUCACUGGGAAAAAACUCCACCAAAUUCCAAGAGAAGAAAUGAGAAUGAUGAGGAGGCAGCUAUCCCAGAAAAGAUCAGAGUUCCUGAUCCCGUGAGCAGCUCUGAGAGCUCAGAGAAAGAAGAGGAUGAGAAGGAGAAGGAGAAAGCUGCAAAUGCAGCCAGCCUUCCUCUGGCCACAAACUCAGUAGUGAAUAUAGGAAGCAGUGAGGAAGAUGAGUCCUCAUCAGAAGAGGAGGCUCCAGCUGGGAAAGGUGCAGUGACGGUGACAGCAGCUGUGGUGGGUGGCAAAGCUGCCAACUCCCUGCAUUCAGCUCCCAAGGCUGCUGCCCCAGCAGGCAGAGCAGCAGGGCCCUCUGCUGCUGACAGAACUGUGCUCCCUAACAAGCAGCAGCCCAAUGCCCCAGCUGCAGCUCCAGCCCCAGCCAAGGCCCAGAAACUGCCUGGUCCUGGGAAGCCUGGACAUGCCACAGCAGCUGUGGCCAAAGUAGGGCAAAGCAAAGCACCAACACUGACCAAAGCACCGGAAAGUUCCAGCAGCAGCAGCAGCAGCUCCUCAUCCGAGAGCGAGGAGGAAGAGGAGAAGCAGACUGCACAGACCCCAGCUCCCAGGGCGGAGCCAGCAGCUGGGGCCGAGAGCAGCAGUGAGGAAUCAAGUGAGGACACAUCCUCUGAGGAGGAGCUGGCAACUCCAGCCAUCCAGGCCAAGCCAGCUGUUAAAGCAGUGCAAAGUAAUGCAGCACCUGUGAAAAGUGCACCUCCUACUCCACUGUCCCUCAAGAAAAAUGCAGUGAAGCAAACAGCAGUGGCAGCAAUCCAGGCCAAACCUGCAUCGACAGCAGCUCCUGGGACUGCACAGCCCGAUGACACAUCAGAGAGCAGCAGCUCCUCGGACAGUGAAGAUGAAGAACGUCCAUUGGUAACCCAAACAAAGAUAUCUCCAAAAUCCUCCCAGGCUGUCCCAUCCCCAGUGAAACCUUCACCAGCAGCAUCAGUCUCUGUCAAGGCAACUCCAACAAAAACAUCUCCACGGUCCCAAGGGAAGACAGCACCAAAACCAACAGUGCCAAAGCAGGCAAAAACCUUACUAGGAAGGACUGCUACUCCCACAAAGUCUGCUGAAAGUAUGAAGCCAGUGGAGAGCUCUGCCUCAUCAGCCAGUGAAGAGGAGGAUCUCGCUGUGCCCAUCAGCCAGAAGAGGUUAUCAGACCAGCCCAGGCCUAUUCCCAGCCUGACCCAGGCUGCUAAAGCUGGGCAGCCUGAAAAAGCAGUGGUAAGCACCUUGAAAAGCCAGGUUGCAGAAAGUGGGAGCAGUGACUCGUCUGACAGUGAAGAGGAGUCUCCUGCAGCACAGACACAGCCCCCACAAGCUGCAGUGAAAACCAACGCUGUGCCCCAACCAACAAACGCGAAAAAGGCACCGGCUUCGGCACCAGCCCCUCCAGCUGUGGACAGUAGUGACGAUUCCAGUGAGGAGUCAGAUUCAGAGGAUGAAAUAGUCCCCCCUUCCCAGACUCUGUCCCAGCAGAACAUGAAAGGAACUUCAGUUUCGAGCAUGGUGGCUGCAAAGGCAAAUGCCAGCCUGCCUUCAGGGAAGAAGACAAAAACUCCUGCUGCCCCUGCAGUGAGCAGAGUGUCUGAGAGCUUGAGCAGUGAUGCCUCAGAGCACAACAUGCUGGCAGGAAAGGUCCCUGCUGCUUCUAGCCAAAAGCAAACGGUUCCUGUAGGAAAAGCUUCUUCUGCCAGCACUGCCAUCCCAGGAAAUUCCACUGCCAAGGCAAGGAAGCCAGUCCUGCAGCCAGGACAGGACACCCACCCAAGCCAGGCUGUGCUACCCACCCAUGCAGAGGACACCUCAGACAGCAGCAGUUCCUCCGACAGUGAUGAGGAAGAGGCACCCAAGCAGCCGUCCAAACCUGCAGGCCCCCUACAGAAACCAGGAGGGACUCAGCCACCCCACAGCUCCUCCUCAGAGUCCAGUGAGGAGGAGGAGCAUGCAGCAUCGCAGUCCCUCCUCACAGGCUACCCAGUCGUCUCCAAGACCCCAGUAACACCCCAGGCACCAAAGACGGUUCCCCCCCCGCCUGGAGGUGAGCUGGGGCCACGGAAGGCAGCUGGGAGUGCUGCGAACUCCUUCGCCAAGGGCUCCCUGAAAGCAGCCCAGGCCAACAGCUCAAGCAGUGACAGCAGUGACUCUGACACAGAUGACAACCAGGUGGCUGCAAACCACAAAGCAGAAAACAACCCCACUUCAGGGCAGGAAGCUACAGAAGCCUCCAGCAAAGAGAAGGUGGCAGGAAAAACAGAGCCAGGUCAUGCCAGCCUCAAAGCUUCCUCACUAAAGAAAACCCAGGCAAUGAAAGAGAACAAUGUUGGGGCAACAGGGAUGCAAGUGAACCCAGCAUCAUCACAUGCCCUGCUCUCCGUCCCACAGUCAGAGCAGCCAAGCUCAGGGAGUGAAACUGAGGUCACCACUGCUGCCAAAGUCCCUGCAGUGCAGACAGUGGAGGGGUUGGAACUGAAGAAGAAGAAGAAAAAGGAGAAAAAGGAGAAAAAAGAAAAGGAGAAAAAGAAGCCAUCCUCCGCAGCAGACAAGGCUGUGAAAACAUCCAAGGGCAAAGACAAAGAGAACAAGAAGCAGAAAACAUCUCAGAAGCGGAAGCUGACAGGAGAGGAUGGGGCUGUGGAGCAGCCCAAGAAGAAAAAACUGAAAGGGCAAGCUAAUGAAGAUGUACCCAAAAAGAAAAAGAAGAAAGCAGAUGGUGACCUGGAGAAGGUGGCAGGCAGCAAGGAAAAGAAAAAAGCAGCUAAAACCCUUAUUUUUGGAGGAGACAGACUUGUCUAUUGGCCCCUGUGUGAGCUGUUUAACAGCGAAAAGAAGACUGGAAAAGAAAAGAGGAAGAGCAAAAAGGUACCUUUGGAAGGAGCACCUGUAGCAGAUGACUCUGCUGAGGUUCACAAGAAGAAGAAGAAGAAGAAAGGAGCUGAGCCUGAAGGAUUGUAAGAAGGUACCGCAUUCCUGUGAUUAAAGAUUUAUGGGUGAAGAUCAAACAGAAGAGAGGAAAAGGAAGCUCACCUGGAGAAUUCCAACUUGUUUUCAAAUAAUAAUUUAUAACUUCUUUUAACUGUGACUUUUACAGCUCUGCUUUAACUUUCUGCCUCCUCCUGCCCUGCUGAGGCCCAGAGAUGUGUUUAUAGUCCCUCCAGAUGGAAUGGAACUGGAGGAGGCAGUUUGACCAGAGCAGAGCAUAAACUGCUUUUCUUGUUGUUGACACCCAGCCAUCCCUUUCUCUUACCACAGAGCUAUAUUUUUGAGAAAAACUUUUACCUUUUUUCCCUUCCUCCCAUGACUUGUGGUGUCAGUCCUUUUGCUACUACAAGGAAAGCUCUUGGGUUUCCUUUUUAUCCUAACACUGACAGUGGUGAUUAUCAUGUCCCUGGAGUUGCACUGAACAGUUGUGUCCAGCAGCUGUUCUCAACCAAGGCAGAGUCAGUUUUUGUGUUGUUUUUUUUUUUAUGAAAUACAAAAUAAAAAACAACAAACAGAUUUUA